CCUCUCGUCACGUUGUUUUUUUUUGUUUGUGCAUUUUGACGAAAAUGUUAUCGUGUAUGAAUUUCAGUGGUUUAAAAUAUGGAAAGAUUUCGGUGCAGUGACGUGAUAUGUGCCUUAUUACGCAAGGUAGAAAUAUAGACAGUCUGCUGUUAUUUUGAUUCAACAAUAUGACGUCACGGCUAGAUCGGUUGUUCGUGUUGCUGGAGGCGGGCGCCGGUGCCGCCACACGGCGGGCCGCGGCCCGUCAGCUCGGCGAGGUGCAGAAAGCCCGCCCAGAGGAGCUGCACCGUCUGCUCGCUCGCCUUAUGAAGCACCUGCGCUCGCCCGCCUGGGAGACGAGGAUUGCGGCCACGCAGGCUGUUGGAGCGAUAUUGUCAAAUGUUCCAGAAUGGCAUCCACCCCUCGUUACCGUUGUCAAAGAAGAGGAAUCGGAACCAGAUGACAACGGUCGACUGCGUUGUGAAACAUUUGACAUUGAACGUGUCCUCGAACAUGGCGCUCACCUCAUGGGUUCCGAAGGACACGAGUAUGAUAUGGACGAAGAAUCGCUGUCAGCUUCAGACCUGAAGGAGAGUUUGGCGAAGCAAAGGCAGCAACUCAACGCACGGUUGGGGUUAGAUGUUGCGUGUUCAUUGGGAGUGGAUUUGAGUGGGAUGUACACCAACGAAGACCUUUGUCCUGUGAAGACACCCCCGAAGGUUGAGGUGACAAGGCGUCCGGUACAGGAGCUGGUCGCCUGCAAGGGUCUAAGUUCGCGCGAAAUGAACCUCGCCAAGCGUCGCGCGCGCGCCGCCUUCAGUAAGCAAAAGUCACGCGACUGCGACGACGGCGCAUCGACCGCCCCCCUCACUCCCGUCACCCCCACGGGCCCCGCGCCACCCUCCCCUCUCGAACCAGAGCGAAAGAAGAUGAAGACCGAGCCCGUCGAUGAAUCACUGGGCGAGGUCGCUUUUGCGGUUCCACGACGUGACGGUUCGUGGGGCGAAGGCGCGCGCUGGCCCCUGGAGGCGUGGUGCAGCGCACUGCAGGCGCAGCUGUUCAGCGCCGCCUGGGAGGCCAGGCACGGGGCGGCCGGCGCGCUGCGCGAGCUGCUGCGAGCCAGGAUAGCGGCCUCCGCGGGGCAGCGCGCCGGCAUGACCGUGCAGCAGAUGGAAGAUGCUCAUCAGGAGUGGUUGGAGGAUAUGUCGCUGCGGUUGCUCUGCGUGCUCGCGCUGGAUAGAUUCGGCGACUUCGUAUCGGAUCAGGUGGUGGCGCCGGUGCGCGAGACGUGCGCGCAGACGCUGGGCGUGGCGCUGGCGCAGCUGCGGGCGGCGCGCGUGCGCCUCGUGGCCGAGCGCGCGGCGGCGCUGGCGCGGCAGCCGCAGUGGGAGGCCCGCCACGGCGCGCUGCUGGCCUUCAAGUACCUGCUGGCCGCCCGGCAGCAGCUGGCCGUGGAGUGCGGCGCGCUGGAGCUGCUGACGGCGGGGCUGGAGGACGGCGCCGAGGACGUGUCGGGCGCGGCGGCGGGCGCGCUGGCGCCGGCGGCCACGGCGCUGGCGGCGGCGCGGCCCGAGCGCCUGGCGCGCCUGGCGGGCCGCCUGUGGCGCCUGCUGCGCGACCAGGACGACCUGGCGGCGCCCGCGCACGCCUACAUGGCGCUGCUGGCCGAGCUCAUGGCGCUGCCGGCCGCCGCCUCCGAGCUGCAUCCCAUCGAUCUGACGGACGUUCUGCCGAGGCUUUGGCCGUACCUCGAUCACUCGACCAGCUCCGUGCGAAAAGCGACGUUGCAAACUCUGCGCACUCUCACGCGACCCCUAGUUACGGCUGGCACUAAUGGUCAGACCAACGGCAACACAGAAAGUAGUGAAACCAAGUGCGACACGAAUAACACAAAAUGUGAAAAUGCCGGUGACGGUACAAAGGACACAAGUGAAGUGAAAAAUUGUGAGGUAAAGUGUGAUAAUGGUGAAAACGGUCAGUACCUGAAUUGGACGCCAGAGUUGUUGCAAGAGGCUAUGAGACACAUAUAUCAGAGGGUACUCUUCGAGCAUGUGCAUGAGAUACAAGAGAUUGCCGUGCAGGUGUGGGAGAACAUCCUGCGGCACGCGGCGCUGGGCACGGUGCUGGUGGCCACGUGUCCGCUGCUGGCGCUGUGGCUGUGCCUCGCCAUGCAGCCCGCCCGCCUGCCGCUGGAGCCCGCGCUGCUGCUGCACCCGCCGCCCAAGGAGCGGCGAGCGCGCGUCACGAGCGGCAGCGGCGAGGCGCUGGCGGGCGAGGCGGGGGAGGGCGAGCUGCGCGCCGGCCAGAAGUGGUACCUCGGCGGGGGGGAGAGCCAGCCCGCCGCGCUGCGGGACGCCAACGUCACUCGCGCGCGCUGCCUCGCCGCCGACAUGCUGGGUUACCUAUCCUGCUAUCUCGUCCAGCCGGCGCCCGGCAUCGAAUACAAGGCAGAGGACGAGAGUCCGAUUGAUUGCUACGUGAAGGUGAUGGUGGUGUACCUGCGCUCGGGCAGCGCGCUGCAGCGGCUGGUGGCCGGGCUCGUGGUGUCGGCCUGGGCGCGCCGCAGCCGCACGCACGACCGCUUCCCGACCGACACGCAGGAUGAGGGCGAUUUGAAUGAAAAACAAAACGGUAUGUCGAAGCUGGCGUCACCUCUCCUCGUCACGACUCUCCACACCGCUUUAAACCAAAACCUGUAUUAUGAUGAAGUCGCCUUGAACUGUAAUCGGAUAUUGCAAGAAGCACGCGAUUUAUUGGCUAUGAUGAAGCAUUACAAGCUGCCAGUGGAUAAUGAAGAAUUCAACAAUAUCAUGAGACUUGAACAGGUGUCGGCGAUGACGACGACGACGCAGCCGCUGGUGGCGGCGCUGAAAACGAAGCGCGUGGCCAGCUCGCUGGAGGAGCGGCGCGCCGCGCUGGCCGCCGCCGUGGCCGCGUGCGCGCGCGAACAGGCCGCGCUCAACGUGGCCGUCCAGGCGGCGCUGAGCGGCGCGGUGGCGCACAUGGGCGCGCUGCCCGAGCGCCUCAACCCCGUGGUGCGACCGCUCAUGGACAGCGUGAAGCGCGAGUGGUCCGAGGAGUUGCAGCGCAGCUCGGCGCGCACGCUGGCGGCGCUGCUGGCGCAACUCGUGCGCCGGGAUCCCUGCCCCAACAACAAGGUGCUCGUCAACCUGAAGGCUUUUCUCAGAUGUGAUCCUGAGUUUACACCUCGUAUAUCACUCGAGAACUCGGAAGAUGCAAACGGUGAUUCGGGCAGUGGGGAUAGCGGAGCUGAAUGCAAGACCGACGUGCAUUCUAGUCAUGGACCUGCUUUGGAUAAGUAUAACGGUAUCCUCACACUGCGAGAGCAACAUCGCAGCGCAGAGCGGGUAGUGCCGCGCCGCGGACGGCCGCCCGCCGCGCACAACGUGCACAACACGCACAACGCACACAACGCGCACAACACGCAUAGCGAACUGGGACUCGAACAGCUACUGCCGCAUGAAGAUGAGGCACGAAAGUUACUCAGAAUACAGAGACGGGGCGCCACAAUGGCUCUUACUAGUCUAACUGAAUAUUUCGGUGAAGAACUUCCAGAGAAAUUGCCUAAGCUAUGGGAAUUCAUCACGCAACCAUUCGAGAAAGUGAUGACCGAUAAUGAAUUGGAAAAUUUAGAAGAGGAAGCCGGCGAGGAGUUGGUCUCUCGCCUGCAGGUGGUGGAGGCGGUGAGCGGGCACGUGUGCGGCGCGCUGUGGGCGCGCGUGGCGGGCGGCGCGCGCGCGUGCGUGGCGCUCACCCGCGCGCGCCACACGGCGCUGCGGCACAUGGCGGCGCGCGCCCUGGCCGCGCUCGCCGCGCGCGACCCGCACGCCGUCAUGCAGACCGUCGUCACCGAGGUGAUCGAGGCGCUGUCGGACGUGCGCAGCGAGCGCGUGCGGUGCGGCGCGGCGGAGGCGCUGGCGCGCGCGGUGGACGCGCUGCAGCUGCAGCUCGUGCCCUACAUUGCGCUACUCGUCGUGCCGCUGCUAGGACGUAUGAGCGACCACAAUGAGGCAGUCCGCAUGAUGUCGACUCGUUGCUUUGCUACAUUAAUUCAGCUCAUGCCGCUCGACGGCGCCAUUCCGGAACCCGCGGGACUCUCGCAGGAGCUUCGGGAAAGACGACAGCGAGAUAAACAUUUUCUGGAACAGCUUUUCAACCCCAAGUUCAUCAAGGAUUAUAAAAUACCUGUUCCUGUCUCCGCUGAACUAAGAAGCUACCAACAGGCCGGCGUGAACUGGUUGCGGUUCCUGAACGAGUACAAGCUGCACGGCGUGCUGUGCGACGACAUGGGGCUGGGCAAGACGCUUCAGUCCAUCGUGGUGGUGGCGGGCUCGCAUCACGAGCGUGACGCGCGUGCGCUGCCCGCCCUGCCCUCGCUCGUCGUGUGCCCGCCCACUCUCACCGGUCAUUGGGUGUUUGAAGUGAACAAAUUUAUACCAUCAAAAUUUUUGAAACCUCUUCAAUACGUUGGGCCGCCUGUGGAGCGUGAACGAUUGCGGACCCACGUACAAUUCUACAACCUCAUCGUGGCCUCAUACGACAUAGUGCGGAAGGAUAUUGAAUUCUUCAGCAGUAUUAAAUGGAAUUACUGUAUAUUGGACGAGGGUCAUGUAAUCAAGAACGGAAAAACUAAGGCGUUCAAGGCGAUAAAGCAAAUCGUAGCAAACCAUCGGUUGAUCUUAUCAGGAACACCUAUACAGAACAACGUGCUGGAGCUAUGGUCGCUGUUCGACUUCCUGAUGCCCGGCCUGCUGGGCACGGAGCGACAGUUCACGGCGCGCUACUCGCGCCCCAUCCUCGCCGCCCGCGACCCGCGGGCCUCCCCGCACCACCUGCAGGCCGGCGCGCUCGCCUGCGAGGCUCUGCACCGACAGGUACUGCCGUUCCUACUACGACGUGUGAAGGAAGACGUGCUACGGGAACUUCCACCGAAGAUCACUCAAGACUACUACUGUGACCUGAGCCCGCUGCAGCGCCGACUCUAUGAGCACUUCUCGCGCGAGCACAUGCCGCAAGACAUCUCAAACACCUCCGCGCACACUCACGUCUUCCAGGCGCUGCACUACCUGCAGAACGUGUGCAACCAUCCAAAACUAGUGCUGAUGGCGGAGCAUCCGGAGGCGACGCGCGUGGCGCGACAGCUCGCCGCGCAGGGCUCUUCUCUCGACGACAUCGAACACGGGGCCAAGCUACCAGCACUAAAGCAACUUCUGCUUGAUUGCGGAAUUGGAACAUCAGCAACUGUCGGCGAGUCCGGCGCAGUCGUGUCACAGCACCGUGCGCUGAUCUUCUGCCAGCUAAAGAAGAUGCUGAAUAUAGUGGAGCGUGACUUACUGCAGAAGCAUCUGCCAUCCGUCACGUAUUUGCGGCUGGACGGCAGCGUACCGCCACACCAACGACACGCUAUCGUUACGCGUUUCAAUACGGAUGUGUCUAUUGACGUGCUACUGUUGACUACUGCUGUGGGCGGUCUGGGUUUGAACCUCACCGGUGCGGAUACGGUUAUUUUCGUGGAGCACGACUGGAAUCCCAUGAAGGAUCUUCAGGCCAUGGACCGCGCUCACCGAAUAGGACAGAAACGGGUCGUCAACGUGUAUCGACUCAUCACUAGGGACACACUCGAGGAGAAGAUCAUGGGCUUACAAAAAUUCAAACUAAUGACUGCAAACACGGUGAUAAGUAGUGAAAACGCAGCAAUGGAGACAAUGGGGACGGAUCAGCUGCUUGACCUUUUCCAACUGUCCAGUGGCCCUGCGCCUUCCACCUCACAGGCCUCCACGACAGGUGCCAAGUCCCUCAUAGAAACCCUUCCUGACCUUUGGGACGACAAACAGUAUGAAGAAGAGUAUGAUAUGACGAAUUUUGUCAAGAAUCUAAAAAAAAUGAAAACAUAAAUUUACGUAAAUUGAGCAAAUAAAUUAUUUAAUUUAAUUGUAUGUAUGAUGUGAGGCCAGUGAGGUACAGAAACGAAUAGAUUUAUAAUAUGAAUAAUUUAUUUUGAUAGCUUCCCAUUUUGUAUGUUUGUAUAAAAACUAUUUAUUUUUAAUUAAAUUUAACAGUUUGAAAUGAGAUUGGUAAACAAAAUAAGGGCUUUUUGCUGCCUUAAAAAGGUUAUCGUAAUUGGUUAAUACGAGAUUUGCAUAAGAGACUACACAUUUAAAGUUAAAGCUUUCUUUUGUAUAUUACAUGCUUAAAUACAAAUAUUCUAUAUUUAUUCCAAUAGUAAAAGAAGGAAAUGUAAAAUACACUUAUACAAUUAUUCUAGCUUAAUUUGUAACAAAAUAAAAUAAAUGUUUCGAUAACAAUUUCAUUAAUUUAAUUAGUCAUUACAUAUAUCUAAAUAACAUAUAUUAUUAUCAUGACAAACGUGUUCGUGAAAUAUGUGAUGAAUGAAAGAACUUUAAUGAUUUAAAUAUAGUUUUGUGAUAAUUAAAUUUUGGACACAAUCUCUGGCCUUAUUUAAUUAGAUUUAGAGAAUAUUUUGCAAAAAGUUUUUCAAUAUAACAUGUGAUAUUUUUUGAAUGAAAAAAUAAGUCUCUACUUCUUAAUUAAUGUAAUUCUUAAGCAAUUCAUUCAGUACUUUCUCCACUAUUUGAAACUUAAAUGUCAUAUCAGUGCAAAGUAAAAAAUGUUAAUUGACUUAUUUCUCUAUCGGAUUUACUACAAGCUUAAUUAUAUUCGUUUUGUCUUUUAUUAAAAAUAAUAUAUUUUAAGAAAUAAUAGCAUAUGCGAUAAAAUGAAAUAAAUUGUCUCAUACCAAAUUAUUUUAUACCCUUUAUUGUAUUAGUAACUAUGCUGUAGUUUUACAAGUAAUUAAACUUAUAUUAUUGUAGAGGCUGAUACUGUGAUGAGAGCAAUAAACAGUCUAAGUGUUACAUAACUUUUUAGUGUAUUAUAUUGUUUCAUGUAAAUUUUGUAUAUUUUUUAUACAUUGUCACAUGAUUUUAUAAUCAAUGAUACUAUUAUCAAAUGAUUAUACGAAAUUACAUCGAGAAUUCAAAAAGAAAUUGAUUUCGAAAAAUUUUCGUUGCUUGAAAAAUUAGAAAACAUAAGUACUGCAUAUCAGUACUUAAUAUUAUUUUUAAUUUGCCUAAAAUAACAAGUUUUUUUUUACUUUGUCGCGGCUUGUAUAGUAACAAGAUAAUUACAUUUUAAAUAUGUAAUAUUAUAAAUUUUCAUGUUAAAAAAAAUAGUUAAGACUUAUUUAAAGAUAUAUGUUUACAGAUUAAGAUUGAUUGAUGAAGUGCAGCAUAUAAGGUUUUUAAUGAGAGUCUUAAAUUAAGAAGUUUUAUAUACUAAAAAAAAUUAGUCAUUGGACAUCGUAUCAAAGCAUAAGUAAUGAGUUCGAAUUCCAUGCGCACUGUCGAUGAAUUGCGAAUUUUUAUGAAGCAUCUGAGUGUGGAAUUGAGGAUGCUUGUCCAUCCGCGCAUUGCAGAUGUGCGCCGACCCUUAGUAUCCUUAAAAUAAAAUAUAAUUGAUCUAUCAUUUUGAAUUGUCUAUGCUCACAAUAUAUUCCCAGUGUACAUUUUUGAAAUCAAAUUAUAAAUAUGUCUAUACUGUAAACUGUACUAAGUUCUAAAACUUUCGAUUAUAAGUUAGUAGUAACGAAACCAAAAUUAAAUCUGUUAGAUAUAAUUAUUAUUAAAGUAGUCUUAUAAUGCCUCACUGACCUAUUUUGUACAUCUAAAAAAACUACAUAUGCAAUAUUGCUUGUGAAUACAUUUAAUAUAUUUUUUUUAUAUAAGUUCCUUUAUAAGAUAUACCUCAAUAUUUCAUUCUCUAACAGAAAUGUUUUUAUUUAUUAUAAUAUUUUAGUUAAGUGUUAAGAUAAAGUCACAUCGCUUAGUCAUUUUCGUAGUUCUAGAUAGGACCUGGAACGGAUUUGUGAUUUAAAAUAUAUAUAUAUUAUUUCAUUA